AUGAUGGGCGCCCUGGAGCUUCUGCUGCUCGGUGCAGCUUGGUUGGCUGGGCCGGCUCGUGGGCAGAAUGAGACGGAGCCCAUCGUGCUGGAGGGCAAGUGCCUGGUGGUUUGCGAUUCCAACCCCACGUCCGAUCCCACGGGCACGGCGCUGGGAAUUUCCGUGCGCUCUGGCAGCGCCAAGGUGGCUUUCUCCGCCAUUCGGAGCACUAAUCACGAGCCGUCAGAAAUGAGCAACCGUACGAUGAUCAUUUACUUUGACCAGGUACUAGUGAACAUCGGGAAUAACUUCGACCCGGAGCGAAGCACUUUUAUCUCCCCACGGAAAGGGAUUUACAGUUUUAACUUCCACGUGGUGAAAGUCUACAACAGACAGACCAUCCAGGUGAGCCUGAUGUUAAACGGGUGGCCUGUGAUUUCAGCUUUCGCGGGCGACCAGGAUGUGACCCGAGAGGCAGCCAGCAACGGUGUCCUAAUACAAAUGGAGAAGGGGGAUCGAGCGUACCUCAAAUUGGAGCGAGGGAACUUGAUGGGGGGCUGGAAAUACUCGACAUUCUCUGGAUUUCUCGUAUUCCCUCUCUAA